AUGUCCCCAGUCCUCUCCUCGGUGACUGCGACUGCACUGGCUCUGUUGGCUAUCGGUAGCACCGCCAUCCCCACUCCCAUUCCCAGUCCCUCCACCCCAGCUCCAGCACCCACCGGCUCCGUCUUCCCCUCCGGCUUCGACAUCGUCUCCUCGUGGGCAAACCUCGCUCCCUGGAAGGAAGUCCCCAGUUUCGCCGACCUCCCCAAAGGCGUUCCCCGCGGUUGCGAGCUCUCGCAAGCACACGUCCUCCACCGCCACGCACAACGCUACCCAACCAGUUUCAAGCUCGACGGCGGGGGCAUCGACGCCUUCACGCAGAAACUCACCAACUAUAGCCGAGCGCAUAAUACCACGGAGAUCGCAUCCGGCCCGCUACGCUUCCUGAAUGACUGGGUUGAUCUCCUCGGUAAGGAUACGUUGUUGCCGACGGGCGCCGCGACGGAGGCGUCGUCCGGGGCGAGGAUUUGGUCCAAGUAUGGACGGUAUUUGUAUCGGGCGGUUGAGGAGCCCGGGGUGGAGAGGUGGAAUACGAGUUUGAAUGUUUGGCCGAAUGGGACGGUUAGGGCCAAGCCUGUAUUUCGGACGACGGGGCAGGCGAGGAUUUUGGAGAGUGCGAGGUGGUGGUUGAGUGGAUUCUUCGAUAAUGAAGGUGCUAACAGCUCCUACGCGGAAUACGAUCUCGUCGUGAUCCCAGAAGGAGACGGAUAUAACAAUACUCUUGGGUCUGAUCAUUCGUGCGAGAACAGUCCAUCUGGAGGAAACACCGACGGCGCCCACUUCAUCACCACCUUCACUCAAUCCGCCGUCCAACGCUUAUCCCCCCACCUCCCUACCGACUUCAACCUAACCGCCUUCGACAUCGCCUCAAUGAUGGUCCUCUGCCCCUACGAAUACGCCACAACAACCCAACACUCCUCUUUCUGCACACUCUUCACAGAACAAGAAUGGCUCGACUACGCCUACGCCAUCGACAUCCAAUUCUACGGUGUCUUUGGGCCCGGCUCACCCACUGGACGCGCGCAGGGGAUUGGAUAUAUCCUAGAAUUGGCGGCCAGACUUCAAGGGAGGACGCCGGGUGCGAAAGAGGGAGUAAACGGGAAUAGCGGAGGCAGUGAUACGAGCAUCAACGCAACGUGGGAUUCCUCGAGGGAUACCUUCCCGCUCAAUCAGCCGCUGUAUAUGGACAUGUCGCAUGAUACGGUCAUCGUGGCCGUUCUCGCGGCAUUGGGGUUGAAAUGGUUCAACUACGGGCCGGGCGGCCUCCCAGCGAAUGUUGAGCAUCAGGUGAAGAGGAAUUUCCAUUUACAUGAGGUUACGCCGUUUGGGGCGAAUAUCGUCACUGAGGUCUGGACUUGUCCGGCAGAUGGUAAGGGCACGUCGUUUGAGACGGACGAUCUCGCCAGCUCGAUGUAUCGGAAUCCGGAUCUCUCGGACACGGCCAACACGAAGGAUUAUCUGCGGUUCGUGCUGAAUGGGGCCCCCGUGCCGUUGGAUGGAUUGGUCGGGUGUGAAGACGCCGUGAAUGGGUUUUGUGGUGUGGAUGGGUUCCUUUCGGGUGUGGGGACGUUGAAGGAGGAUGCUGAGUAUCAAUUUGCUUGUUUUGGGGAGUAUGAUCUGGACAAGCAGGUUGGGGAUGGGAGGCCGGAGGUGUAG